AUGGAAGGAUAUUCAAUAUUUGAAAGUAACGUAUUUGAAAUUCGUAUACCAGAACAAUGUGAUGAAGAUAACGAUAAUUACGAAGAUGGUGCUGUUGGUAACAUGCGAUGUGAUGAAGAUAACGAUAAUUAUGAAGAUGGUGCGG